AUGACUUAUCAUGGUAAUUUACGUGUUUCCACCGGAUUGGCAAUGAGGGAUGGUACCGAGUGGUUGCAGUCGAACCUUGGAAAUGUUAAGAAGCCAUUUUUAUUGCAACAUGGUAUGAAUGACCGUGUCAUUCAGGUUAAAGGAUCAAGAGAAUUGUUCGAUCAAGCGCAGACUCCUGAAGGUCAGAAAACCCUUUUGUUAUACGAUGGCUGCGAACAUGAAAUGCUCAGAGACCCUAUUGCUGGCAAGAAGGUUUUCGAUGACGCACUCAAUUGGAUGAUCACCACCGACGAGAGAUUGUCCAACCAAUAG